AUGGUGGUUCGCCAAUACAACGAGGAGCUCAAAUAUCUGGAAAAGAUCAAUGCGCAUUGUUGGAGAAUUAAAAAAGGCUUUCAACCCAAUAUGAAUGUUGAGGGCGUGUUUUAUGUUAAUAACACUUUAGAGAAACUUAUGUUAGAUGAACUACGCAACUCCUGUAGACCUGGAAUGACAGGAGGAUUUUUACCUGGCGUAAAACAAAUAGCCAACGUAGCUGCAUUGCCGGGUAUUGUUGGUCGAUCUGUUGGUUUACCAGAUGUUCAUUCUGGAUAUGGUUUUGCUAUUGGAAAUAUGGCAGCUUUUGAUAUGUCUAAUCCUGACUCUAUUGUUUCCCCGGGAGGUGUAGGAUUUGACAUUAAUUGUGGAGUCAGGCUUUUAAGAACAAAUCUACAUGAGAAAGAUGUUCUUCCUAUUAAGGAGCAAUUGACCCAAAGUCUAUUUGAUCAUAUUCCUGUUGGAGUAGGUUCAAAAGGAAUCAUUCCUAUGAAUGCCAGAGAUAUGGAAGAAGCGUUGGAAAUGGGCAUGGAUUGGUCGCUAAGGGAGGGUUAUGUAUGGGCUGAGGAUAAGGAGCAUUGUGAAGAAUAUGGAAGAAUGUUAAAUGCUGAUCCUUCAAAAGUAAGUCUUAGAGCAAAGAAAAGAGGUUUGCCACAACUUGGGACUUUAGGUGCUGGCAAUCAUUAUACUGAAAUUCAAGUUGUUGAUGAAAUAUAUGAUAAAUUUGCUGCUGGUAAAAUGGGACUUGAGAGAUUAGGUCAAGUAUGUGUUAUGAUACAUUCAGGAAGUAGAGGUUUUGGGCACCAAGUAGCAACUGAUGCUUUGGUGCAAAUGGAGAAAGCAAUGAAAAGAGAUCAGAUUGAUGUAAAUGAUCGACAACUAGCCUGUGCAAGAAUUAAUUCCAAAGAAGGUCAGGAUUACCUAAAAGCUAUGGCAGCAGCAGCUAAUUUUGCUUGGGUCAAUCGCAGUUCAAUGACUUUUCUAACAAGACAAGCUUUUGCCAAGCAAUUCAAAAUGGCUCCUGAUGAUUUAGACAUGCAUGUUAUUUAUGAUGUUUCUCACAAUAUUGCUAAAGUAGAAGAACAUAUAGUAGAUGGUAAAUUAAGGACCCUUUUAGUUCAUAGAAAGGGUUCUACUAGGGCUUUUCCACCUCACCAUCCUCUUAUACCUGUAGAUUAUCAAUUAACUGGCCAGCCUGUAUUAAUAGGUGGUUCUAUGGGUACUUGUAGCUAUGUCCUCACAGGUACUCAUCAAGGCAUGACUGAAACAUUUGGUUCCACUUGCCAUGGAGCGGGAAGAGCUCUUUCUCGAGCAAAGUCGCGGCGUAACAUAGAUUAUAAGGAAGUACUGAACAAACUUGAAACCAUGGGAAUAUCAAUUAGAGUUGCAUCGCCAAAAUUAGUAAUGGAAGAAGCUCCAGAAUCAUAUAAAAAUGUUACAGAUGUUGUCAACACUUGCCAUGCAGCUGGGAUAAGUAAAAAGACUGUGAAAUUGCGUCCUAUUGCUGUAAUAAAGGGGUAG